ACAAUCAGCUGUUGCUUUAAACUUCGGUCGGAGCCAGAAGAAAGAAAUAGUGCGUGGCGUUGUGGCUUGAAAAAGGCAAAUAUUCCGAAAGGAAUAUAAGAAUUCCAAAAAUAAUAAAUAUGAGUGUGAAUGAAUCCAAGUAGACUGAGUGAUGUCAAAGUUCGAAGUCGAAUAAUUAUGUUGAAUAUGUAUAAAACGAGAAAACUUUGUUAAGAUGCACGAUUCUUAAAUUUAUAAAAAGGAUUUGAAUCCUGUAUAUUUUAUGUAUAUUUUAUGUAUUUGUAUAUUUCUCCGCCAAUUGCGAAAUUGUGCUCUCUACUUAAAUAGGACGAUGGUUGGAAUAUUUUUAAAAAUAUAUUCUCAAGAUUAUUUAACGUGAUUUUUACAAUUAUGUAAUAGUUGACUAGCACAAAAUGUUUUACGUUAUUCCACCAAAUGGAGAGGUACCUUUUUACAUUUUAGAAGAUUGUGUUUUAACCAGACUAAAUUAUUUAAGGCGUUUGCAUGAAGAAACUACUGAUGAAUUCGAUGGCAAGUUUGAAUAUUUAUUAGAAAAUUCUGCUUAUGAUGAAAUUGGACACUUUGUGCUAAGAUUAUUGGCUUGUGUUUCCUCAGAUCUAUGGAUAUACUGGAUUUCCAAAGAAUCAUUGUUAUUUAGACAUAGAUUAGACAAUACAUCACCUAGACAAUUAUAUAAAUUAUUCAAACAAAUUAUAUGGAGAGUGCAGUUAUACAAAGGUCAUGGUAAUGCAACUGAAACAACUCUGAUUGAGUUCUGCAAAUUCUACUCGCAACCGUUGACUUUCAAACAUCUGGUAUCAAAUUGUCAAAAUUGUAAUGAAUUUGUAUAUAAAGUGAAAUUUGAGAUAGUACCAGACCUGGUAAAAGAACGGGAACUAGUCCUUAACAAUGGAUAUGUUAUUACACCCUGUUCAACUUGGAAGAAAGUACUUCAGUCCUUAUUCUGUACAUAUUUAAUCAAUGAAUUGAAUCUCAUGAAGAAACAGGCACAGUACACUGUGAAACGUGAUCUGAGAUUACAAUUUUUGAGUGAAAAAGUUCAGUCUUACCUUUUCAAGGAAGGCACUGUUCACGGGAGAAUAACCAUCGGGAACAUAGAUGCAGAGUCGGAAAGAUUUCCGCCGUGUAUGCGACAUUUGCAUUCCGUGUUAAAAAGCAGACACCGUCUUAGUCACUAUGCGCGCUUGUACUAUAGCCUGUUUCUAAAAGAGAUCGGGAUGAAACUGGAAGAUUCAAUCGCAUUUUGGAGACAGGAAUAUUCCAAACCACAUACCUGUGCCUCAGUAUGUUCGCACAAUUGGCAGGCCAACGAGAAGAAAUUCGUGUACAGCAUUAGACAUAUGUACGGUUUAGAGGGAUCCCGAAGAAACUAUAGAACACCCGGUUGUGAUCAAAUUUGCGCAGGUAUCAGCGGGACAACAUACGAGGGUGGUUGUCCUUUCAAAGAUUUUGAUGUGAAUACACUUAGAAAUCUUCUACAUGCUUCAUUAACUGAAGAUGAAACAGAGAAGCUCUUAAAUAAUGUAGCUAUUAAAAGUCCGGAAAUGCUUUGCACAGGAUUUUUAAAACUUGUACGCAAAGACAACGCUGACAAUGCCGCCGUCAAUAGUCCAGUGCAGUUUUAUCAAAGGAUAAUUGGUUAAUAUGAAUUUCGCGUUCUGUUGUUAAUACACGACAAUUUUGUUUUACAAAAUAAAUAUUUAUUAAAGAUUACAUAAAUUAAA